ACCCAACACACUUCUCUUUUCCCCAUUUCAGUUUUCAUCAUCACCACAAAAAAUGUCAUCCAGAAAUAGCUAUAACCAGCAGUACUACAGCAGGGAAGCAUCAUCAUCCGAUGACUGUGGAUACUGCUACUAUCCUCCGAAAAGGGAGGAAGUUAUGGCGCGAUACGAGAGAGCUUCAUCGUUGCCGUCGCCCAAGGUGUGUGUUACAGUUGCUGAUGAAAACAUUUGCAGUGAAAAUGUCGACAGUGUAGCUGAAGAGUUCAUAAAGAUGGAGCACAAGAAGUUUGAGUGGAGCAAGACCAUGUCCUCCAUGAGCUUUGGCUAACAAGAAACACCCCACCCCACAUGAGAUCGCUAGCUAUAGAUAAUAAUACUGAUGAAACUACAAGUGAAAUAAUGUUUUGUAUUUAUCUUCUGCUUGAAUCUUUGGAUUUAAGUUUGCAACUCUUGUUUUCGUUUGGGAAUAACUCUUCAGAAACUAUCGACUGAUUCUGAUCCAUAGUAGUAUUGUCUUGUACACAAACAUGGUAGAUGUUUACGUACACCAAUGGAAAUCCAAGGAAAUGGGGAUAUAGAAAUUCUAAACAUGUAAUUGUAAGAAACGUGAACAUAUAUAGAUUAUUAUGGAACUUUGACCCUCCCAAAAAUUGGCUGCUGGCCCCAUUUCCAACCAAUAAGAGAUUUUGGGGAUU